CAAAACUUCCCCGAAGAAGAAGUUCACCAAAAAUGGCAGCGCAGCAACAACCCGGUGGACCGAUUCCCCAAGUUGGAAUGCAGCAAGCUGCUACACUUCAACAACAACAGUUGAGUCAACAGCAAGAUUUCGACCCUGUUCAUCGAUUCAAAAUGCUUAUUCCACAAUUAAAAGAGAGCCUCCAGAAUGUCAUGAAGAUUGCCUCUUUAAAUUUGGGACAUAAUACAUCAAUUGACAAUGGCAUAAAGAGCAGUGAUGCCAGUGUACAGCGGUUUGACAAGAGUCUGGAAGAGUUUUAUGCCCUAUGUGAUCAGCUGGAACUCUGCUUACGGCUUGCCUACGAGUGCUUAUCCCAGAGCAUUGACAGUGCCAAGCACUCUCCUAACCUGGUCCCAACAGCCACCAAGCCUGACACCGUGCAGACAGAGUCCCUGUCCUACUCACAGUACCUCAGCAUGAUCAAGUCGCAGAUCUCCUGCGCCAAAGACAUUCAUAACGCUCUAUUGGAGUGCUCUAAGAAAAUCGCAGGAAAGGGCCAGCCACCAGGAAUCCUGUAGAAAUGGGCAUUUCAUUAUAUUAUUAUUUUUCUAAAGUUAUUUGUGUUUUUUGUUGUAAUGAUUGAUAAAGACAUACAAAGUUGAUUUAACUGUUUAACGGAUGCCCCUCUUCACUUUUCUUCCCCCCAAAAAUCAGAAAAGUAGAAAUAAUGUCCUCGAGCAUCAAGUAAUGAGAUUCACAGCUUCCUCAGAUUAUGGAAAACCAACUGUGCCUCAGAUCCAGCCAGUCAUAAUUUCAACAACGCUAUCCCACUUUUGACACCAAUGGGGUCUUGACGAGGUCACUAGGUGUUGAACUAAGGUUGCUAUAGUAUUUUUACAAGCCAAUGCCAUUUUUUUAUUUUGUUCCCUCGCUUCACAAAAAUAAAAUACUGAAACCUGUUAAACACUUAAAGCUGCAAUGCCCAGUGGUGAAACAGCGAUGUUGGUUUGCGAUAUUACGACAACGAAGUUACUGACAGACGUUUUCUUCCCCUCGACAUCAUUGCAUGCGUGACAGAAAAGCACAAAAUGAAUACUGCCAUUUUUUUUAACCAUGCUGCUCCACGCUCCUGAGCUCGGCCAGAAAAUUAAAUAACAGAGGUGGGACAUCUGUGGUGCCGUUUCCCGCUACUGUAACCAAAAUGAUCAAAUUCUCGUUCAUUUCUCUUGUCUUUAUUCAGAAUGGUGCUUUGCCAGAAUGUGGACCGUUUGUCAGCAUGCUAAGCUUAGCCAAUGCUUUAACAGCCCAUUGGAUUCCAUGAAAAAAACAACUGUUAGCGUUGGGGGGAAUUCAACAACACAACGAAAGUGUUGCUAUAUCAUUAGCUAACCUAGCAUGCUGACAAAGGGCUGUUUAAUUAAAAACUCAGUAUUUCAAUCUUCUCGAUUCAUAAUUUCGGGAUGAUUAGGAGUACAGCGAAAUAUUCCAUCUCUGGAUUGAAGUACGUUUUCCAUUUUUUUUGUCACAUUCACAUGGUUAGCAGAUGUUAAUGUGAGUGUAGCGAAAUGCUUGCGCUUCUAGUUCCGACAGUGCAGUAAUGUCUAACAAUUUGCCAACAACUACCUAAUACACACAAAUGUCAAGGGGUGAAUGAGAAUAUUGACAUGGAAGCAUAUGAAUGAGCGGCAUAGGCAAGGUGCAAUAGAUGGUAUAAAAUACAGUAUAUACAUGUGAUAUGAGUAAUGUAAGAUAUGUAAACAUUAUUAAAGUGGCAUUAUUUAGAGUACAUUGUAUAAGUGACCCAUUUAUUAAAGUGGCCCGUGAUUGGGUCUCAAUGUAGGCAGCAGCCUCUGAGUUAGUGAUUGCUGUUUAGCAGUCUGAUGGCCUUGAGAUAGAAGCUGUUUUUCAGUCUCCCGGUCCCAGCUUUGACGUACCUGUAUUGACCUCGCCUUCUGGAUGGUAGCAGUGUGAACAGGCAGUGGCUCGGGUGGUCGAUGUCCUUGAUGAUCUUUUUGGUCCAUAUACCGCGCCGGGCUCUGGAGGUCCACAUUCUGGCAUAGCACCGUUCUGAAUUCAAGAGAGAAAUGAACAAGUCUGAUCAUUUUGACUACCGCUACUGCGGAGUUCAGUUUUAAUCAAGUUUGUAUGCCCUAAGGUGUAAAUAUUAUUUUGUUUAGUCACAAGUAGUCACAUGACCUAAUAUGACCACCAGAGAAGUGACUGAGUCAUGUGUUGGGAAUUCUGUACCAAAGCUGUCCAAGACCAGCUACUAUUCAACCAAACUGCAAAACCUCUGUGUGGCCGGGUAGCUUUGUCUUAAUUAUAAUAAACCUUUUUUACUCA